UUCUGUCCUCCCUCAGGAUAAUGCGGCCUUUGGCUCUACGCGUUCGCUGUUUGCCCUUGUGUAUCCCCUGCAUGAGCUGCUCCGCGGCGGUCACCGCUCCGUUCGUAAGGCCCCAGCUCUCCAGUAGAUAAAACUGGAACACAAACCAAGACCUGGGGAGGAAGGAUGGGGUGGCCUUUGCCGGGGCACCGUGACAAGUUGAGGGUUGUGCGGCACAAGGUGUUGCUCCUGGUGCCUCUGUCUUCCCCAGCCCGAGCUGCCUUCUCAGAUCUCAGAAUUAAAGACAUUCCAGCAAUGUGAUUGCAUUGCAUAUGGCUGUGACUGAAGAGUCAUAAGCCUCAGAAGAGAUAUAAAAAGUACUUUUGGGUUUUCUCCCUCAAAUUCCCUUUGUUAAGCAGGUGAGAUGAUAAGGACUAAAGAUAGGACACCUUGCUCUGCAAAAAUCACUUUGCAAUCCAUAAAACAAUGAAGUGUCCAUCUCUAACAGCAGGUUUCUCUCAGUUCCUGGUUAACUUUUCAGUAGUAGCUCAUGCACAGAUCUGCUUCCCAGCUUUGGCAUUUCCUGUUGGAGACACCAACAAGUCUAGCACAUAAAACCGAUUUUUAGGGGAACCAUCAGUGGUAUGACUCCUUCAUCUCAUAGCAUUCCAGGAUCUGUGCAAGAGAUCAGAUGAUGCAAACCUGUGUGUGAGCCAAGCAUGGUAAAGCAUCAGAAGGGCCCCGAGGAAAGGGAGAGUAAAUUGGCUUCUCUUUCUUGGGGAUCAUCUGUUCUGCAUAACCAUUAGGAGAGGAACAAACGGGAAAUGGGUUAUCUAUCAAAAAGAUACCCCAGAUAAAAUUAAACUGGAAAAGCCAAAAGACCUUGGUCGUCAGGGUGUUCUUAAACCAAAAGGGAGAAGGAAUGGCAAGAGAGAAUUUGGCUGUCUUGGAAGUGAUCACCAUUAUAUAGCUUUAAGUUCUCAGUCUACAAAUGAAUUGCCCUGGAUUUACCCAGAGUAACUGAGCUCAUUUCCCUUUUUAGCUGAUAAAAGCCCAUUUGUCUGGAACUCCAGCAUGCUAAUUGUAAAAGCAGCAUGUGGCAAAGGCUGAUGAGUCACCAGCUCAUUUGCUCAGCAGCCAGUAACAACAAACCCUUCAUAUUUCCUUGGGCCAGCCCAGAAGAGCUUUGAUUUCCACAUCCCGGAGUGAGCAAAUACGCAGGUUGGGGACUGACCUGCCUCCUCCUCUUCCUCCUCCCUUUCCUCUUCCUCUCCCUCCUCCUCCUCAUCUCUGCCUUGUGUCAGUGCUGUGGCACUCAAAAAGGUGGUUACCCAGGAGCAGUGGCUUUUGCCUCACAACACAGUGCUUCCAGCCAUGGAGCAGGAAUGUGAUUUUCUCCUGAAGACCAGCAGGAAAUGGUCCCCCAUGAACUGGAAAGAUGGAGCAGCUCAGUCCCUGCAGAAUCCUCGCAGAUGAGUGAGGGAUGGCCCCACAGCAGGGAAGUUAAAACUGUUAAUAUUGUUUGGCAGCACUUCACAAGAUCAAAUCACCACUUGGUUUUCCAGCAGAGCACUUCCAAGAAAUCCCACUGGUGAUGAAAGCUCCUAGGUAGACAAAAAUAUCUGAGGUCUAGGCUGUAGAGCAGCCACAGCAGAAUACAGUUUUGAAAGAGAAGCAGCUCUGGGAAUUCUGCUCGGGAAUGUCCUGUACUGGCCAUUAGCAUGAAACAGGCACCAGCUUUAGCAUCCUCCCCAUCGUGAGUGUGCCUUCAGCUUUUUACAGGAUUUGCUGCCUCUGAACUGCUGCCAAGGUGAUCCCAGGGAUCUCAUCCAGUUUCCAGCUCCCAGGUGAUAUUCCUCCCUGCCAGAUUUUGUGGGUUUCUAAGGCUUGGAUUACACCCAGGAAGAGACUGGUGCUUAUUAAUUAAUUCCUUUGAGGCUGUUCAAAGUCAUAUUUAACAACAGUCUUAUUCUGAGUUUGUUGGUGCAGCGUUGCCAUAAGGAUGACAAGCAGGAACUGGUGUGUUGGAUUGCUGACUCUAGCCCAUGGUCUGUCUAAUCCAGCCUUGGCAGUGCAGAUCCAAGUACCUCAGAUGUGAGGGUUGGAUCCUUUGCUGUGGAGAGUUAUGGAGUUCUUGUGUCCCUGAAGAGGUUCCACCCAGUCUGAGUCAUUAGUGGCUGCUUUACAUUCUGGAACGUGAGGUCUAUGUCCCUCCAAAACGUAAUGGAAAGGUGGAGAAUGAAACCCACAAAACUCUAGACCUCAGUAAUUAGACACCCACAAGAUUAAUUACACCCUGUACGAAAAGAAAAGUGUAAAAAGCUAUUGCGAAAGUAAUUCUUACCUGGUCUAAACAGCUGCACUUCAGUGCCUCUGGCCAGGUAACACCUUGAUUUUCUAGUCCCUCUUCCUUCAGCAGAUCCUGAGCCCAUUGCAAAAGAGGACACUGCCAUUGCUGCAGGUGAACCUCAGCUCACCUCGCUGCCUGUCAUGGACCUGCUGGGACAGAAUCUGACUCAGGUCCCAGCUGGUGCUGGGCCUCACAUCAUAACAAAUCCCCCCAGAACAGCUGUUGUGUGACAGUCUUUUCCUUCACUGCCAUUUUUACAUUAAAAGAAAUACUCCCAAACUCCACUCUUUUCUCUUCUAUACAUCCUCACUUACUCCAAGCACUUCCUUCUCCAGCGUGUCAAUCAGUGCAGUGCAGUGACCAGAGGGAGCACGGACUUCACUUUCCUGCCUUUGGCUCACAUUGUGGUGGGAGCACAUGAGCCAUUUCCCACUCCAUUCCUUUGAAUCUCCCUCUCUAUUUCAACUCAGCUUAAUUCCAAACCACAAAGAUCACUUUAGUCCUAGGCAGAGCAUUUGGAUUGAAGUUAUCAUUCAAUAAAUGUUUGUUGAGUCAUAAGCUAACAUUUAGUUGAAUUCUACAAGGACAGGACAGUUUUCUAGAAGGGAGACUGAGAACUCUCUCUUCAAGGGACUUUUGUACACAUAUCCUUUUUUAACCAAGAAUGAUUGGUUAAAACCCUGUUGGUUUCAAGGAUAAACCUAUAAACACAGAAAUAAUCCUAUUAAGAAACACUCAGAGGUGACCCUUGUUUGCAACAGCCUCACAAAUAACCAGUGAUGUGUGCUCCUGUGCUGUGUGUGCAGGCAGCAGCCCCAGAGCAGGAGCCCUUCCUGCCCACCUCUGUUCCACUGAGCUGGGACACGGUGUCCACAGGCCAAGGAAACACCAAGGACACAUCCCAGGCUCCUCCUGCUCAUGAAAUGCACUUUAUGGCUCUGCUGAGCCCAUUCCUGAUGAGUGAUGUGCCUGCAGGGACACUGGCAGCAGUGACAACACGUUUGAAGGCUGUGAGGACCCCGUGCUUUGUGACCACGUCACCAUCACCCGGCAGAGGUGCAAACAGCAAUCUCAGACAGAUUUCCACAUAGCCAAGUGCUUCAGUUGUGCUCUGGACACACACAGCCUGGGCACAGCUGUCCCAGCAGAGGGGACAGCUGGGACACAUCCCCUUGCUCUGUGCUAGGGUUUUCCAGGGCUGAGCUAAGCACAGGAGCAGCCUGGGGGUACACACUGGUGAGCAGGACAGUGACUGCUCUCUCCUCUGCCAACAUGCAGUUCAAAGUCUGAAUCAGUGAAUUUUCUCAUUUUCCACUUAAAGGAGGACAUGGCAACAGAGCUUUGGGCAGAAAGGGGCAAACUGGAGUCUACUCUUGCUCUAGGAUAAACUAGGAUAAAAUCCCCGUGUCUUCAAACAGUCCUGUGAAGACCCAGAAAGCUGAAAAAAGAAAAAAGGUAUUAUUUUUGGCUGAAAGUCUUUAUGGCUGAUGCAGGAAGUCUCUCAUUAGUUACUCAUUGCCUCAGCAAGUCUCAUAAAACAGCCAGCAGAGCCCAGCAAAAACUUCGGUGUUGUGGGAGCUCAGAAAUCCAGGAAUUGAACGAGGCCUUGAACUCUUUUUAUAGACUCACUUCUUACUGAACGACUAUAAAAUAUUAAAAUUCAGAUCCUAUAAAUAAGGAGGGGAAAGAACUGCAUUUCCCAGCAGAAGCAGCCUCUCCAGAGACUCUUCCCAAGAAGGGAUUAACCCCUGCGAGCCCUGAGCAGAGGCAGCAGUGCUGUGACCCUCUCUCCAACAGAGCCAGCUCUGCUCUGAGAUGGCACAGAGAUGCAGCUUCGCCGUCCCCUACGGAGCGCCCAUCCUUGCUAUUUCCUUCUUGGCAUGUGUGGCCACAGAUGUGGAACUGUCUGUAAAUAACCACACUGCUGACUUCACCCUGUCUACACAGCCUGGCCCUGCCGUCUCCCUCUCGUGCCUCGUACACAACAGCAGCCAGGCCGAGGAGCUGCUGUGGUACCGUGGAGAUGGGCAAGUGGGUCUGAAAGAUGGGAAUAAAGUGAACAUCAGCAACAUCUGCAUAUCCCCAGUCAAUGAGUCUGACAAUGGGGUCACCUUCACGUGUAAGCUGGCACGGGACAAGUCUGUGCAGGUGUCUGUGAUCCUGGAUGUCCAGUUUCCUCCCUGGCUGAGUGGAGAGGAGACCCUCCACGUGGAAGAAGAGAAAGAUGCCACUUUGACCUGCAACUCCAAAUCCAACCCUCAAGCCCAAAGCACCUGGUUUAAGGACAACCACAGCUUGACCCUGCAGCCCAGUCGUCACGAGCUGUUCCAGACCAGUGAGGUCUUUCGGCUCUCCAUCAGGAAAGUGCAGAAGUCUGACAGCGGGACCUACACCUGCGUGGUGGAAUCACCCUUGGGAAAUGGGACAAGGGAUUUCCACCUCGUAGUUGAAGAUAAAAAACCUGUUUUUCCCACGGAAGCUGUUAUUGCUGCUGUUGUGGUGGUUUCAAUCACAAUACUUUUUGGAAUUGUGGCUCGAAAAGAUAAAUUUUUUAAGUGCUUCAAGAAACAAAAAGAAACAGCUUUGUAAAGAACACCCAGAAAACAUCAUUUCAGAAACAGAAAAGCCAUUUGGUGAGAUGAUGAGAUAAAGCACUGAAACCAUUUUGUUGGGAUCAAGUUUAUAUGGUUUUUCAAAAUACAAGUGGUUCUUUGCAUGUCUUGAUUCUCACCUGCUGCUUAGAAAGUCAGAACUGGUCACUGGGAACCUUUCCUUGGAGCACCACUGAGGCAGGUGGGCUGCAUGAGAUGAUGCCAGCUCUUGUCCUCCAUGCUUAUUCCAACAAGGAAUGCAUAUACAGUCAA